AUGAGCAAGCUGGCGCUCCUGCUGCCGUGCCUCUGGGUGGUCGCCUGCGUCUCUGCGGAGGACCCCUCGCCGGUGCCCGAGAGAAAUGAUGAUAGCACCUCUUGGCUGCAGCAGCCAGAUGAAAAGCCAACGCAAGUUCAGAGGCUGCAGGUGAAGUUCAGCGUUCACACCUCAGCUGACCCCGACGCUGGCUGCUACCUCGCCAUAGGUGAAGAGCAGCACCUAGAAGACUGCAAGUUCAAUGUGUCUGCUAAAAGCUUCUUCAUCAUCCAUGGGUGGACGAUGAGCGGCAUGUUUGAAACCUGGCUGGGCAGCCUUGUGCAGGCUCUCCGGGAAAGGGAGAAGGGAGCCAACGUGGUGGUGGUCGACUGGCUCGAUUUUGCCCAUCAGCUGUACACCAGUGCCGUAAACAACACCAGGCUGGUUGGAAAGGAGCUGGCAAAGCUGCUUGACUGGUUACAGGAGAAAGAUUUCAGUCUGCAAAAUGUCCACUUGAUUGGCUACAGUCUGGGCGCGCAUGUAGCUGGUUACACUGGGAACUAUGCACGGGGGACGAUAGGCAGGAUUACAGGCUUGGAUCCAGCUGGCCCGAUGUUUGAAGGAGCUGACCCCAACAAGCGUCUCUCUCCCGACGAUGCGGACUUUGUCGAUGUCUUGCACACGUACACGAGGGAAGCCCUGGGUGUCAGCAUCGGAAUCCAGAUGCCCGUGGGUCACGUUGAUGUCUACCCCAACGGAGGAGAUGUUCAACCAGGGUGUACCUUCACGGAUGUCUUGGGAUCACUCGCCUACGGGAAAUUCGGAGAUGUUGUGAGGUGUGAACAUGAGCGCUCCGUGUACCUCUUUGUAGAUUCGCUCGUGAACCAAGAUAAGCAGAGCUUUGCCUUCCAGUGCACCGACUCUAACCGCUUCAAAAAAGGGAUCUGCUUAAGCUGCCGGAAGAAUCGCUGCAACGGCAUUGGCUACAAUGCCAAGAAGAUGCGGAACAAGAGGAACAGCAAGAUGUAUUUGAAAACACGGGCCGAUAUGCCUUUCAAAGUUUACCACUACCAAAUGAAAAUACACGUCUUCAGCUACAAAAACAUGGGAGAAACCGAGCCCACCUUCUCUGUGACGCUGCACGGCACCAACAGCGACUCUCAGCCUCUGCCUCUGGAAAUAUUUGGACAGAUAGGACUGAACUUCACGAACACUUUCCUGGUUUACACUGAAGAAGAUGUGGGGGACGUCUUGAAGAUCAAGCUCACGUGGGAGGGAUCCACUCAGUCAUGGUACAGCCUGUGGAAAGAGCUCAGGAGCUACUGGUCUCCGCCUGAGAACCCGUCCAAGGAGCUUCACAUCAGGCGUAUCCGUGUGAAGUCUGGAGAGACUCAGAAGAAACUGACUUUUUGUGCCGAGGACCUCCAGAUGACCACCAUAACUCCCGGCAAAGAGCUCUGGUUUGUGAAAUGUCGAGACGGCUGGCAGGUGAAAAAUCAAACCAGGCAAGUCUCAAUCGUAUCCUAA